CUGGGAGUUGUAGUUUGCAGUUCACCACGGCUGACUACACGCUCUACAGAACGGCUGAGGACGGUUGCCUGGUGUCAUUAGCAAGCGGCAAGUAUGGCGGUGGCGCGAGCUGACGGGGCUGUGGCUCCGGGAGAAGGGUCAGUGGUGAACUGGUCAGGGCAGGGCCUGCAGAAAUUGGGUCCCAACUUGCCCUGUGAAGCCGACGUUCACACAUUGAUUCUGGAUAAAAAUCAGAUUAUUAAACUGGAAAAUCUAGAGAAAUGCAAACAGUUAAUACAGUUGUCAGUGGCUAAUAACCGGCUGGUUCGGAUGAUGGGUGUGGCCAAACUGACUCAACUCCGGGUAUUAAAUUUACCUCAUAAUAGUAUUGGCUGCAUGGAAGGGCUGAAGGACCUGGUACAUCUGGAAUGGCUGAAUUUAGCAGGAAAUAAUCUGAAGACCAUGGAACAAAUAAAUAGCUGCACAGCUCUACAACACCUAGAUUUGUCCGACAAUAACAUACCCCAGAUAGGCGAUCUAUCGAAGCUGGUGUCUUUGAAGGUAAGUGGGUCUUCUGUCACUUCUUAA